GUUACGGACAACUGGGAACUCGGAUAUCUCCGACGGCCGAGCGUCCCGAACAACUGGGAACUCGGAUAUCUCCGACGGCCGAGCGUUACGGACAACUGGGAACUCGGAUAUCUCCGACGGCCAAGCGUACCGAACAACUGGGAACUCGGAUAUCUCCGACGGCCGAGCGUACCGACCGACAGGGAACUCGGGAGAAAAGAAAAACGAGCUCCGAGACCGUAUUUAGUUUAUCUCAGGGACCAUAAACUAAAUAUCGUUCCUUUAAUAUAUCAUAUUGAUGAUGAUUUGAAAUGGGACAAUUUUACUCUAACCUACUUCUUUUCAACAGUACAGUCAAAAAUAUAUUUAUAACUAACCCAAGAUAGUUAAUCUGUGUCGUUUACAGUGGGAGAAAAAUAAGCAUAGUGGGCAGAACAAGCAAGGAAGUGGGAAAAGCCAAGCACGAGCUAGCGAGAUCCUAUUGGCACGUUGUAACAUGUAUUUGCAUAUUUCCGUUAGGGAACGCCUCCUCUGUGAAGUGCGCGUGUGCACAACCUCAAUUAGACCUUGUACUCCUAAACAGCGCACCUUUAUUUUUUUUAUAUAUUUUUUUUACUUUGUCAAAGAGUCAAAUCUGUGAAAUGUAGUGCACUGUGUUCGUAACAGAUUGUAGUUUUUGGAACAGAAAAAUGUAUUGAGAUCAGAUGUUUCAUCGAUGAGAAAAUUAGCAGAAUGUCGGCCAAGUUUCAGCGAGUUCCAUCCUCUCCCACAUCCGUUUAGAACGUUUUCUCACCCCCAAAUAUGGUGGUGAGAGGAAGUCCAGUGGACGUCCAGUGGACUUCCUCUCUCCACCAUAUUUGGGGUUGAGAAAACGUUCUAAAUGGAUGCUUCGACUUUUAUAGCCCCUGUGACGUAUCUGGGUUACCCCUUCUGUCUGUGGUACAGUUGACAGAGAUGAGGUAAGGGGGGCAGAGGAUGUCUAUGAGGGGGCCAUACAGGAGGAGAAGGAAACAUGUCACAUUAAUAAAGGUCACAGGUGUGUGAUAGUGAAGGGGGGCUGGACUGCGUGGGAAACUCAGCUUCCAUUCCCAUCCAGCUCACAGACAUCAGACCUAGCCAGCAGUCAGCUCACAGACAUCAGUCCUAGCCUACAGCCAGCUCACAGAGAGACACAACAAAUGUGGCAGUAUUUAGUCAUCUUUGGAUGUCUGUCAGUGUCUGUCCCGGCUCCAGCGGUGGAGCAGGGAAGGAGUUGUGUGUUCCUGACCAGUUCCCGUAACUCCAAGAAAAUGGAGGAGGGUCUCGUUAACGGGACAAUCCAGUACUGUGCCCACACUAACUGCUGUGUCGGCUUCUUCCGUAUUAUCGAGGGCCAGCCAGUGGCAGAACUACAAGGUUGCAAAAUGGUAGUCGGUGGCUGCCUAGAUCCUGUCUGCUUUACAUCAACCACCCAUGUAGACUACAUCAGAUGUGAGUGCAGCUCAAACCUCUGUAAUGGCAACAUCACCUGGAGCGCAGAAGAGAAGCAACCUCAACUCAAACACUCAUCUUACUCUGCAGACAUGGUCACGGCCACUGUGGUUGUCCUUGGGAUGUUACUGUGUACCCUAGUUGUGGCAGUUAAAUGCAGACAUCGUUUCAGAGGUUACGAUGACAAGCAGCGUCUAUCGUUGCCAGAGGAAUCUCUGACCUCACUGUGCUCAUGUCACAUGUCAAAGCAGUCUGAUAUGGACCUGACCAGCAUGGAACUACAGCAGAUUGUAGGUAGUGGUCACUUUGCGUCGGUGUGGCAGGGAAGUUACCAAGGGACUACGGUGGCUGUGAAGGUGUUCCCUACCUGGUGCAGACAGGAGUUCACAGCGGAGAGGGAAGUGUACGGACUACCACAUCUGGUGCAUUCUGGGAUUGCUCACUUCCUGGGAGCCGGCAGGAAGUCAGAUAGCGGAGACUGCGUCCUGCUCCUGGAGCUAGCCACAUGCGGCUCUCUCAGCUCCUUCCUGUCCAAGAACAGCAGUGACUGGACGACAACACUGAAGCUGGCCCAGUCUCUGUCUGAGGGACUGGCUUACCUCCAUUCUGACUUCUACAGGCAUGGGGUGCACAAGCCAGCGGUGGCCCAUAGAGAUCUCAGCAGUAACAAUGUGCUCGUGAGGGACGAUGGUACCUGUGUCCUGUGUGACUUUGGCUCUUCCACCAUCCUGCGCUCAUGCGCCGGUCCACACAGCUGGCAGCGCUACAUGGUUAACGCACAGGGCCAGGUGGGGACGUUGUGCUAUAUGGCCCCUGAGCUCCUGGAUGGCUGUGUGAACCUGAGCAGUGGUUGGUGUCUCAUACAAGGAGACGUCUACUCCUUAGGAACGCUGCUUUGGGAGCUGCUGAUGCGCUGCUCAGACCUUUUCAUAGGCGGCCCAGUGCCAGAACACAGACUGCCGUAUGAAGAGGAGCUAGGGGCCAGUCCUUCUUUAGAGCAGCUCAUAAUCCAUGUAUCUGAGAGAAGGGAACGUCCUUCAGUACCCAAACACUGGCAACAGGGCUUGCAUGACAUUCUGUUGGACAGUUGGGACCAUGACUCAGAUGCCAGACUGACAGCCCAGUGUGCCAGGGACAGACUAGUGUCUCUACCCCCCUGCUGCUCCAUAUGAUAGAUAUAUAUAUAUAUAUAUAAUAUAAUAUAAUGGGAUAUGUAAUUAUUCCUUAGUCUGGGGGACCAGACUGACAGCUCAGUGUGCCAGUCUCUACUCUCAUGUUGAUGUGUGUGUGGUAUUCUAUUGUGUUAUAUUCUAUCAUAUUCUAUAAUAUUCUCUAUACUAUUCCGUUCUAUGAUAUUAUAUUCUAUAAUAUUCUAUAAUAUUCUCUAUACUAUUCCAUUCUAUGAUAUUAUAUUCUAUACUAUUCUCUUGUAUUCUAUUAUAUAAUAUUAUAUUCUAUACUAUUCCAUUCUAUAAUAUUAUAUUCUAUACUUAGUCACCUCAUUAUUGUCACUGUCACAGUUGGAAUAGAUGUGUCUGCUUGCUAUUUCAUUGACUUACACAUUGCCUACAUCUUUUUGGUUUAUUUUACCUAAUGUUUGUGUAUGCAGAAAAUGUACUGUAGUGAAACUCUAUUGGGUUCUUGCUAAAGACUUGUUUGACAUUUGUUGUAGAAUCCUAUAAAUGUACCGUAAUUUACGGA